AUGACAUCGUGGCCAUGGAUGAAGGGAAUUUCCGAGGCGAUUGCCGACCCCAUCGAUCCUGUUUGUCCCGAAGAUGAUCGCCCAUCGGUGAAGGCAUUGAUCAAAGAGCAUGGCGAAAAGAUUGCAAAAAUCAAGGCAGCAUUGGUGGACGAUCCACUCUAUGAAGAAUCCAAGCACGAUGAUUUGUGGAUUAUGAGGUUCUGGAUGUCCCACAAAAAGAGCCAAGUUGCCAUUGAUGCCGCCAAGCACAGUUUGGCAUUCCGCAAGGAACACAAGUUGGACGAACAAGAUAUUCGGGAAGUCCCAACCCAAAAUGUCAAGGAUGGCAAGAUCCGAGAGUUUCUGGAUCUGUGGGAAGAAGAUGCCAUGGCAUUCACACAUCCUCAUCCCAAACGAGGUGUCAUUGCCUUUUUGAAGUUUGCUGCCAUGAACCAACACACCGCUGUAGAAACUCUCACAGAGGACUACUGGCUGCCCUUGUUUGUGUACUGCACAGAAUGGACCCACCAAUGGCUUGAUUACGUGACAAGGACAACGGGGCGUCUUACCAAAUCCGUCAGGAUUGCCAAUUUGGAUGGUGUUGGUAUGAGCAGUAUGAGUCGAGAAUACAUGAAGAGAACUGGGAAAGUUUUGGGCAUGAUGGAAGAUUGUUAUCCUCAGUUGUUGGAAAGUCUCUUUGCCUGUAACCCACCCACCAUUAUUGAUACCUUGUGGAGUCUUAUCAGUGUCGUUCUUCCCAAGCGCAUUAUUAACAAGUUCUGCAUCAUGCAUCCCAAGGAGAAUCUCAAGGACCGGGCCAGGCUGUACAAGCACAUCUCGGAAGAAGACUUGCCAGACAUGUUCGGGGGCAAUAAUCCCAUCGGGCCUCAAGAUUGGGCAGCACCCAAAGUAGUGGUACACAAUGCACUGACAGGCAUUGAGGAUGAGGUGGAAGUCUAG